AUGACCGCACAGUUGCGGAUUAUUAGAUGGCCUGUAGAGGAUGCACGGGAAAAGUAUUUGUUUUAUAAAGAAUUGGUGAACGUCGAAAGUGCAAACGCACGUGUUGGUGACGUUUCUUAUUCGGAUGUUGUCGCAACUCUAUUCAAUAAUCGUUAUCGUCAGCUGUACGUAUUUCGUAAGAAUCAUAUAACUGAGAUGAAUGAAUGUGUGACAUUCCACGUUAAUAUUUCGUCAGCAAACGCAACAAAUGAUCAAUUGAAUUUCAUACAAAUCGGUAAAUUCAACAUCCAUCAAAACAACAAUCAACGAACGUUAUGGACACAAGAUCCAUACACCUUAAAGGUUUCAUUCGGAGUUUUUAUUUCAAAUCAAAAUUCUUAA